AUGCGUGAUUAUAAUUAUUUUUCUCAUACAGGUAUAGAUGGAAGUACUUUUGUGGAUCGUGAAGUAAAAGCAGGCUAUUCGAAGAAAUGUGCCGCUGGUGAAAAUAUUGCUGGCAAUCAAACUCCUAAAAAGACAGUCGAUGCUUGGCUCAAAAGUCCAGGACACUGUGCCAAUAUUAUGAACAAAGAUUUUAAGGCGAUUGGCGUUGGAUAUGCUGAAGGUGGUCCUUACGGUGGCUACUGGGUUCAAAAUUUUGGCUAUUGCUAA